UCUAAUUCAUUCCAUGUCCUUCUCUAUGUAACUUUGUGCCCGUGAUCAAAUUGUUGCCUGAAAAUUUGUACUUAUCUCCAGCCCCAUUUUCAGUCAACGAUCAAAUCUUUUCUAAACAAUUUAAUUUGAUUAUCCCGCCGGAAAAGAUUUGUUCGCUACGGCUAGUGCCUCAUACGAGGCUUCUAGAGUUACAAAAUGGCGGUGAUUGCGUGUAUUAAAUAUUUUGGUUUGUUUUAAAUUCUUUUGAUUUUCCGAAGGUUAACAGACCGACGCUUCCUAACUCAUUGCUAUUGACACUGAAAAAAAUUAUGGACGAAAAGGACGUACAGAUCUUAUCGAUGUUUCCGAAAACAGAGUACGCGCAAAAAAUGACAGGAACUAUUAGGCAAAAUUUGGGUCAGAAACGAAGGUCAGUGACUCCCAUGCACCCAGUGGCGAUCGCGCCAAAAACAAAUUUGCCGAAAAAUAUUCAAACAUUGGAAUUGAGUCAGAACAUAGCCGUAAAAAACGACCCUGGAUUUAUUACCAUUAUUCCAAGAAUGGAUCCAGUAGUAGCCGAAAAUGAGAGUAAUAAGUCAAUCGGAAAAAUAAAUCAAUUUGAAAUUUUGGAAUCCUUUACCUGCGCUCAAAACGCAAAACGCAUCAAACUGACUGAAGAUGUUUCGUUGCAGUAUAUAAUAUUGCAAAAUCCAACUUUGGAUCAUUGCGAUAAGAUUGUAAUUGCAGACAACAAUGAUAGAGCACUGAAGCCAAUGAAAACAAACGUGUCUCAGUACACAAUGUUACAAAAUGAUCAUUCCAGUCAAAAUAUCAGUAAUGUUGCAAUGCCGCAAUGUAAUGUUGGUGAAGGAAUGAAUUCAGGGAACUCGAGCAUAUUCUUAAUCCCACCAAGGUCAAACUUUCCACAUCAAGAACAGCUUCCCACAACGCAAAAUAGUCAGAAAUCAGAUCCAGAUCUUUGCUUACAUAAGAACAAUUCUUACACACUGCUGAACUGUAAUGAAGGUACCAAUUCUAAAAAGGGAAUUUCCAAAAACAUGAUGACUAAUCACAAUGCUACUGGUAGACCAAACUCAUCAAUUAUAUCUCCCAAAUCUAAAUCACAAAAGCCUGUUGUGAUCAUGCAGCAAUUUAUAUCACCACCUACCGCAUUAAAUUCCGGUAGAUCGAAACGAAUUUUAGUAGCAACAUCGAAUAAAGCAUUGGGCAUUCAAGGCAUGGAUAUCAAUACCAAAACAUCAUCUUUACAAGCGUCAUCACCAAAAUCGAACGAAACUGUUGAAGAUUCGAAAACUAUGAAUCCUAAUACGACCAGAAAUACUGAAGAACAUGAAUCCGAUUUGUUGUUGAAAAAAGAAUUCCCUAUUAUCAGUAGUAGCCAAGUUGACUCUGUACUUCAAGCAAUUGAUAUGCAGGGAUUACAAAAAGGGAUUAUCACGAACGAGAUUGAUAAUCAUUCAAAGAAAGGGGCUGAUGAUAGAUAUUCAAAUAAUGGGCGCUCGCUGCCUUGCACUCAGGGUGCAGCGAAAUUACAUAAAAGUGAGAAUACGGGGUGUCCAUACACAGCCACGCACGCUUCAACAAUACUACAAACGAACCUAACUACAAAACGAUUUCACUCCGAAAAAUCUGAUGAACACUCUACCGAGAGUAAUGAGAAAUAUGCGGACACUCUACAGUGCUUCAAGUGUAAAGAAUGUUCAUACAUGAGUUUGAGCGAAAAACACAUUUUUCAGCAUAUUGAAAAGGAACAUAAUAAUACCUUAGGUAAAAAACAUAAGCCAAUUUUAAAAUGUCCAGGGUGUUUGAAUACUUUUCAGCAUGAAGCUUCGUUACUGUCUCAUAUGAUACAUGAUCACCAGGUAUGUGAAAGCGAAGCUCAAAUAAUAGUACAACAAUUGUCUCCUAAGCAGAUAUUUAACGAAGGUCCCCCAAAACCAUUCUCUCAAAUCCACAUAACAAAAUCAGAAAAUGAACAAAUAUUCGUGACACAAACAUCCCAUCAAUCUUUGGGAAGUGUGGAACGAGCAAAAACUUUUUUGGUUUCACCCUCGCCUAUGGUGGCAACAGUAAAUGCAGUAGAAACUCAAUGGCCAGAAAAUAACGCUUCAACUAAAAGUAGCUCACUACCAUGUAUACAAGCUGUGAAUACUGUCCCUUUGGCAAUAGACAAUUCCCUGGAUGCAGUCGAUAUAGAAAAUGUUCCAUUUUUAAUUGAUGAUAAGACUUUUCUAUCAAAAACUGACGAUGGACAAGAUCAGGAAGUCAAACUACUCGCGACAAAGAACGUUGACAGUUCUGAGAAUUUCAAUGCACCAGAACUGAAGAGUACCGACCGCAACUUCCAGUUUGUGAAUUUUAAAAAUGAAACCAAGAAUGAAGACGAUGGCUACUUGCAAGAAGAUGAUCCCAUCGAAAGAGGUAUUUCAGAAUCAGAAAUGCAAUUUGUGACGCUCACUUCAGCACCAGAAAUUUUUACAACAAACGAUUGGACAGAAACUAAGAAAAAAAAUAAAGGUAGACCCAAGGGUUUCAAAAGUAAUUCAUCCAAGCCACAAUCUAUUAAUCUCAAACAAGGAUUCAAAUGCAAACUAGAAGAAUGUGGAGUACGGAUGCUAGUACGAGAAAAUAUAGUUUAUCAUGAAAAAUGCCAUGUCCUUCCAACAAUUCCACGUCAGCUCAACUUUGAAUGUCCCGAAUGCGAGGAAUUCAAAAGCAACAAUUGGAGCAAUUUAGCUGGGCAUUUGUGGAGGUCACAUAUUAUAGACAUGGAGCUGCACAGCUGUGACUUGUGCAGUUAUAAAACACCAAGCCUGAGUAAUCUGAUGAACCAACAUAGGGGUAUACAUGGAGAUGAGCGUCCAUUCGUGUGCAACAACUGUGGAAAGGGAUUUAAAACGACAAAGCAAUUAAGGAAUCAUAGAGCUCUGCACAGAGCUAAGGAUAAAGAACCUUUAAAAUGUGAUGAGUGUGGGAGAAAUUUCACAAACAUGAGAUUGUUAAAGUUGCAUAAAGAUUCUGUUCACAAGGAAUCAAAACCAUAUACAUGCAAUGCAUGCUCCUACUCAGCAUCUACAAGAAGUGCGCUCAAACUUCAUUUACGGCGUCAUACUGGAGAAAAACCAUUUAUGUGUAACCAAUGUUCAUAUUCUACGGGGGACCACAAUUCGCUAAGGAGACAUAAAUUAAGGCACAUAGGUCUCAAGCCUUACAGCUGUCCACACUGCAGUUAUGCAUGUAUCCAAUCAUCUACCUACAAAGUGCAUUUAAAAAAUAAGCACCCUGGUUUGGAUCACAACCUCAUGUUUUCUUGCCAGUUCUGCUCAUACAAGUCGAUAAAAAAGGAAAAUCUGCUCACUCAUAUGGCGAAACACGAACAAACAUCAUCUAGCAAACUUCCAACAGAUUCCAGAUCGCCAAUUGUUAUAGAAUAAAUAUGACUGAUAUAUUAUUUUUGCAACACAUGCUGUUUAUUCGUACCAAGAUUUUCACUAUAAUUAUUGAGUAUAUUCAUACAAUCUUAUGUAAUAGAUCCUAUUUUCAUACACGUGGAAUGAUCGGAAUUGUUUGUAAUCAUUACUGCCAUGCCGAAUUAAUGACAAUAGAAUACAUUCUGAGCAAGUUAA